GUCGUUAGCCUGUUGCGUUCUAAAGCAGCAGCAGAGCAUAUAAUAUAUAAAAGUUCCUCGAGGAUAUUUUCCAACAUUAUCACCGAGUAAAAGUUUAUAAUAUUUUUGUCGUGUCAAAGGACGAAAAAGGAUACUUUUGUCCUAUUUCUUGUAUAUUUUUUUGUGUGUCAACUGUAAGAGAGAAAAAUAGAUUUUACCGUGUUCGUGUUAAAGUUCACACUUCCGGUCGUUGUCAUUAACUCGCUCAUUAUUAUUUAUUUUAUCACAAAAUAAAGUACAAAAAAAAAUAAAAAAAAAAGUGAAAGGAGUUUUGUCUUGUUGCUUCCUUAUUACCAACAACCACAUCAACCAACAACAACAAGUAACAGCAACGAAAACAACGACAAACGAACAACGGGAGGUUUUAUUUUGUGUAUUUUUUUUUGUGUGAAAUCGGGGUUGUGAUAAAAAUACGAUUACAUUUUACGGUUAACCAGAGAAUUAUUGUUCCGGCAACGAAGUUCCAUUUCCGCUUGUAUCCUUUUUGAACCCAAUUGAAUUAAGUUUGUUCUUAUUUUGAAUCGACUCGUGUGAUAAAAAUAGUUUUUUUUCAGUUUAUCUUCAACAAGAUAAUAACAAAGUGAUAUAAAAAUAAAAGAAAGAAAUUUUUUUAAGAAAAUUAUUAAAUUUUCUUUUUCUGUGUGGUGUUACCAACUCUAAAUCUCUUAAAUUGAAAUAUGAAAGCUACAGCGUUGCUCUGCCCGGUCAUAACGUUACUUUGCGCUAGUCGGUUUGUAUGCACAGCUCAACGAGGAUACCAUGAAUAUAAUGCCAUAGAUUCACCCAGCAGUAUGAUUCAGGACGAUUAUUUGCUGGAAAAACGAACAAAACCUUCAUUGUCAAUAGUGAAUCCACUAGAUGUGCUACGACAGAGACUUUUACUAGAAAUAGCUCGAAGACAAAUGAAGGAAAACACGAGGCAGGUUGAAAUAAAUCGUGCAAUUUUAAAGAAUGUCGGAAAACGAGGCCCCGAUCAGCAUCAUCCUGUUGCGGAUGCAAAUAGCAUUCUCUAUGAAUUACUACACAGUGGCGAUAACAUCGAAGAUGAAAAUUCAAAAAAGAUUCAAACAAUGAAUCACGAAUAUGCUACCAAUGAAAUUGGUGAAGAUGAUGACAAUGACUAUCGUUUAAGGUAUCUGUACCGUUUGCACAAGAAUCGUUACAAUAGAAAGUAAAUUCCUCAUCACCAAAAAAAAAAAAAAAAAAACAAAAACACACUCCAACAAUCUCCUAUACUGAAAUUCCAAAACUAAAAAAAAAAAAAUCACUAUUUUCUUUCUUUUGUAUAACAAAACUAAAUUACUAAAAAUUGUAUGCUUUAAAAAAAUCGCACUAAAAAAGAAAUACUGAUAAAAUGAUAAAUUAAAAAAAAAAAGUAAAAUA